UGGAGGUGAAACCUAACAACAUGGAUGGAUUUCAUGCCUUUAAACGGAAAUAACAUUGUGUGUGUUUUUUCAUCCCCAUCUAGAACUUAGUUUUUGCUUAUUUUUGCUAUCAUCUAGUUGAUAUUGAAGUUUAUGAAAUGAUUUGAUGACUCUUUAGCUAUGAAAAACGAAGAGGCACGAUCUCGGUUCUAGCCAUACUCAGUUCAGUAUGACUAUGACUAUGAUUUACUAUGAAUCAUACUAUGGAAUGACUAUGCCUAGGAACUCUUUAAACAAAAAGGAGAGACUAGAUUAUUAUACUAGAUAGUUAAGACUGUUAAGACUUAAGAAAGACGCCGAGAGUAAUUAUACCUAAACUUAUUUUGAUUACUCAUCAAUUUGGCACUCAGUUAUCACAUUAAAUAGCCAAACACAGUCUUAGUAUGAGAAACACAAGCAUACUACUUAAUAUUGCUACACAAAAUUCAUUUAAAAACCUAACUUCAUGAUCUCAAUUCAUAAAUACUAGCCCUACAUUUUAUCAGAAUAGCCAAUAGUUUCACAAACUUCCUCUGUGAUCUGUUUCAUGAUCAAAUUUUGCAUGUCUAACAUAUAAUGUAAUUAAAAUCAACUUUGGUUUUAGAAAUGCAAUUCUCAAAUUUUUUUUAUAUGGUUUAAUGGAUGUUUCUACAAAAUAAUUAUACAACACAGAGUAAAAUUCAGACAACAAAAGGUUGUUUUUUUUCCAUAGAAAUUGACAUGAUCUAGGUUUGAGCCUGUUGUAACGUGGCACUUUUAUACUGUCAGUCAAGAUAACAAUCAGUUUUAUUACUUAACAAAAUAAGAUCUUUUGGUUUCGAUCAACUUUUCCAUGGUAUUAUAGUUUUUUUGUUUUCCUGCAAGAAGAGAAAUGAUAUCGCAUUUGCAAUUGAAGAUCAAAUGAUAUGUGGAAUGUUCUAUGGCAACUGCUCAUUUUGUGUUUUCUGAAGCAUUUGUAAAUUUGUUUCAUAUUCUCUCUUUUUUUUAUAGUGGGUAGCCUGAGCGGGUAGCCACCGUUGCAUCUGCUCAAAAGGCUAUAUUGGCUGAUAGGAUGAGGGUGAUACUGAAUUACAGUAAUUUCUUUGAAAAAUAAAUAAAAGAAACCAUCUUUAAUCUUCAUUACAGGCAAAAAAACUCCUAAUGAGGUAUAUGGUUCAGCACGACUGAAAUUGAACUGAUAAAUCUGGGGGCCAUAAGAAAUUUAAAUUACUAAAAAAAUUACAAUGGAAUAGAAUUUUAUAUGUUAAAGUUAAAGUAUAAGUUUGAUACAAAAUUAAACUAAUGCAAGCACUAAUGAGAACCCACAAGAAGACAGAUUCAUUUUCCAAAUGCAUUUAAAAAAAUGACUAAAAUCAAGGAAGAAGGAAUAUUAGAGUUGGAAAACAUAUCCAAACACAAGCGAGAGGAAAUUAAAGAAAAAGCAAGUCGACACUGGGCUCUUUUGAGAGAUUCAGUUUGCAGUGUCAAAAAGGUAAGUGUUGGAAUUGUUGUAAUAAAUAUGUGGGAACUUAUUGGUUAAUUUCCCCCAUUAUUUUUUUAAAUCUGUAGCUUACUUGCAAAUUAAUUCAACUGAAGAUUUUUAAAAAUUGUGUUAACACUUGGUUCAAAAUAUUUUACAAGCAUGGCUGAUCAUGAUUCUGAGCUCAAAAUAACAAAGAAAUCAUUAUAGAGGGUAAUAAAUGUCUUUCCUAUCAUUCAGUACAUGCCAGUACACUUCUUCCUAACCCUGUGAUUCUAGAUAGAAAAACAUUAAUGUUAAAAUAAAUGAAAUUGUAAGUAUAAAUAGCAAUUUCAUAUUUUGCUCAUGAAAAAAAUAAAUCUUGUAAUUUAAAAGUCCACAUUUUGUUUAAAAACUUUUUACUUUAUUAAAAAAAAACACCUAUUUUUAACUAACGAUAAUUAAAAAAGUGUUGUUUUUUUUAAUUAGAAAAAAAACCAAAACAUUUUUUUUUAACUAGAGAUAGUUCCUAUUUUAUGGGGAAAGCUGAUUUUUUAAUGGAAAAUUUGUAACAUCAUCAACUACUCUGAAUUCAAACCAGGAGCUAAAAUGAUCAAUAAAUUGAUUGUGGGCCCUUAAAUAUAGGAAACAAAAUUCUUGAUGUUGAUCAUUUUCUUUGUUCUGAUGACAGGCUUUGGAAGAGAAGGACAUAAAAGAUUUGACACUCAUUCAUGGUAUCCACAGGGAGAGGAAGCUUAACCAUGACCAGCCCAUUACUAUGGUCAUUUAUAUCUCAGAGCAUAGAGUAAUAUAUUCUUGUCAUGUAGAUCUAUAUGUUUACAUUUUACAAAUUAUUUCAUCCAUCAACUAUCUUUUUUAAAAUAAGUACUUUUAAAAUAUAUCAUUAAAGAAUUCAUUCAAAUAGCCAACUUUAAGCAAAAAUAUUAAUUAAAUAACCAAUACCCUGUGGUCGUUACAUGACUUAUUGACUAUUUAACGCACUGGGCAAAAAUUGAUUUCUUCAUGUCUGUUCAUUUUAUCUACAUCCUUUCUAAAAAUCUUCUCGCAAUGCUUAAUCCUCUGGUGGCUUUUUUCGCAUCCCCUUUCCAAUGUAUCCAAUGUAAUAUAGUAGAUUUAGAUAUUAUCUGCUAUAAUAGUCAUGAGAUGUACCCUGCAAAGUGCAUGCUGCAAAAAUUCUUCUUAGGACUUUUCCAUUCCUUAUGCAAUCACAAUAUUUUCAAGGCAUCUUUGAGGGAACACGUUCAAUGUGUUUGGGUUGUCAUUAUUUUUCAUUUUACAUUUUCUAGUAUGUUUGUUUAAAAAAAAAAAAUUGUAGAAUAUGGAAUAUACAAAUUUAAAAAAAGGGAAUAAAGAUGAAUGUGGAAACUUUUUUUUAAAAACCCUCUCAAAGAUAAAAAUAGUGAGAUGAUUUACUAGAAGCAAUAAAUUUAAAACUUUAAAGAUUUUAAUAAAUCAAAAUUCUUUUGAUGUUUAUGUCCAGGAGUACCUUACUUGUGAUGGACAGCACUUCCGCAUCUUUCAUGAGGAUGGGCUUAAAAAAGAUGUUGUUGAAUCUGAGUUUGGCUUAGACCAGGUUGUCUAUUGUAAGCAGAGCAAUCAGUUUGUUGGAUGGGUCAUGAAACAGGAAGAUCUUUUUGUGAGUAAAAAAAAAAGUUUAAUCUGGCAUUUUGUAAAAUAAUUAUUUAGUAAAAAAUAUUGUUUGCUGAAAUUUUAUGUCAAGCUUUAAACCCUCCUCUUAGCAAAUCACUGGAUAAUAACAUAAAGCAAAGUAUGUGCAUGCUAAUGUAAAAGACUUAAUUGUUUAGGAUUGUGUGUAGUUUUUGAAUGAGUAAUCUCAGAUUUGCCACAUGACUUCUCACUAGCUCAUGUCAAAGGACUUUGCUGUAAUAUCCCAGUCAAAAGCUGUGGGACCUAUCACUUCAGCAAUCUACAAUGAUAAAACAGGGGAGUUAAUCACUUUUGGGCCUCAUUUUGUAACAGUAAGUUGUUCAUGGAUCAUUAACCAAGAAAACAAACUGUUUUGGGGUAGGAAAGAGGUUUUUUCCCCAUGUGACUAUGUUUUGCUUGCUUUUAAUCUAGGAAAUCUUCAUAACCAUCUUCAUUACAAGUUGAAAAACUGAUUUGGGAAAAUUUAUACCAGAAUGGAUACUUAUUUCUCACCUCCAUCUCAUCAGCGACCCCACAUAGCUUAUCAAUCAAUAUUGCCCUUAUCAAUAUGAGCUUGGAAGAUUAUAAUGGCCAUGUUCAUUUGUCCUAAUUUCAAAAUUUUAACUUCACUUAUCAUAAAAUGGGUAAAUUAAGAAUCUUCCAAACAUUGAUAGAUGAAAAAAGAUGUACUAUCAAACAAUAAACCCUUAUAUCAAAUGUUAUCAAAAUGUUUGAAAACAAACUCCCAAACCUUAAUAAACUAAUUGAAAUAAAUAAAUGCAUAUCAUGUGUUAAGUGAUAUAAAUUUGAAAUUAGAUAAAUGGAUAAACCAAUAUUUGGUUACUAAACUAAUUUUAAGCUUUUGUGUAUUAAAUUUUUUGUCUUUAAAAACCAUAAAAAUUGCUUUUAUUUUGCCAUUUAUCUUUGGAAUGAUCUGUGAAAACAUAAGCACAUAAACAAGUUACAUUAUGGUGUUGCCCUGGAAAACCCCCCGAAAAAUUAGUUUUACCCCAGUUAAAUAUUUUGUUAAAUUUGAUACAGAUUGAAAAUAAUAAAAUAUAUUUUCUAACAAUGUCAUUUUUUAUUUCGUACAGUGCUGGUCAUUCCGUUAUGGGGCCAGAUAUUUAACCCCAAGAAGAACCACAAGAACCAACUUUGGGGAAGACAGCAUGUUCUCAGCUAUGGUCCUAGAAGAGACAGCCAGCAAAUCACAGAAGAUCUUCUUUGCCGUGGGAACUGGAGUCUUGGUAGGAUGAAACUUUAAAGAACUUGUGAAGUCUUCACCAAGCUUCACCAAAAGAUUUGUUUUCAUUGAAACGUUUCUUAAUUUCUCCCUGGUAGUUUGAAGCAGGGUGAUGUAUCAGUGUCUGAGUGAUGAUCUUCUUGGAAUGUUGUAUGUGAGAGAUAGGCCAUUAGGGUAUCAUUUAAUAGUCAAUAUGGUUUUGAUUAAUAGUCCAAACAGGUGUAACAAAUGGUCUUUCUGGGUUAAGACAAAUGUGCAAUGUCAUUGUGGGAAAAAAAUUUCUUUAGGGUUGGCAUAACAAUGCAAUAUUCAUAUAAAUAAAAAAAAACUAUAAAUUAGUUGUAUAUUUAAUAUCAUUUUAAGAUAUAAUUCUUUCAUAACUAAGAAUACAUAAAAUAUUAUAGUGAACUGUUGUCUAAUUUACACGAUGACCCGAUUUCCUGGAUUUUUAGAACUUUAAAAAAAAUUUACUUUAAAAUUUGCUUUUGCAAAGUGGUCAAGUCUCUGAUUCUAACUUUGAUAUUAAUGAGAUCAGGUGCAUAAUGUGUUCUCUGGCCUUGAAGUGGACAGAAAAAAUGAUUUACAUGCUCAGCCAAUCACAGCCUUGACCUUUUUCAACCCUUUGAAAUACAUCAUCACCGGUGCCAGAGAUGGAUGCAGUAAGUCACGCAUGACUAGUCUGUUAAGUUUUAAAACUAACUUUUAUAAAUUGUAACCCAUCUUUCAAAUAUUAAAAUAAUAUAUUCACAGAAUUUUUUUUACCCUUGACUGCUUAUUAUUAUGCCAUGAAUUGUAAAAAUGAAAUGAUUAAAAAAUUCAAAAUUCCUAGCUUGCAGACACAGACAAUAUAAUAGUUUAAGGAAAGUCUUUUCUUUUUUUCAACUGGCUUUGUUCAAUAUGUUUGUUUUCCCAUAUCAGUAAAUUAUUUUUUUCAGGAAAAACAGAGAAAUUAACAAAGAUGUUUAAGCACACUUGCCAUGGACAUUUUAUUUAGCAGUAUAUAUUGGAGAAGGAUGAUUAAUGUUCAUUUGCAUUUUAUUUUAUUUUCAUCAAAUAGUCAAAGUCUGGGACAAGAACUGGAAGACACUGAUGGUAUUUGUUGGUCACAGCAAGGCAAUCAAUGUACUCAAAAUCUAUCCCUAUGGUCCGUCCUUUAUAUCUGCAUCACUGGAUUGUACCAUUCGAGUUUGGAACAUGGAGACUUGUGAUGAAAUAGACAGGUGAUAUGCUCAUUAAUGAAUGCAAUUUUUAAAAAAAGCCAUUUGACCUCUUCUAAUACAGAACUAUUUCUUUUUUUUUAUAGUUGGUUUUACAUAUCUGAAUUGAUAAGAUUUUAAAAAAUAAUUUGGGUGAAAAAAGAAAACCUUACACCACAUUUCUUUUAAAUAUUUUAAUUUUUUAUGUUUCAGGUCUAAGUUGUUUUUUUUCUUUUUGUAAUUGCUGAUAUUCUCCAAAUAUAGAGUAAACAACUUAGAGUAAAUUUAAUUUAGGAUAAAUUGAGAUGACGUGCAUCAUUUUAACAAGUAAAAUAAAAACACUUAACAACCAGUUAUAAAUGUUUAAAAUUAACUUUAAAAUGCCCUCAGGGAGCUGGAGGCUUGAGGUAAUCCUUGCUUUGUUUUUUUGCAUCUCAGGACAGUGAUAAGUGAACCUGUCCAGGGGAUGGAUACUGUCAUAGACUAUGAAAUAUUUUACACAUUUGCUGGUAAACAUGUGGAUCUCUGGAGGCUCCACCAUCUUUUCCACUUGCACACAAACAUAGGGUAAACAUUAUUUCAUUGUAAAAACUGGCUACAACUUGCUCCACUACCAUAAUGGGGCAUCAUUUGCCAUAAUAGAAAAUUGGGACCUGUGAAAAUUCAAAUACACCUAAAGUCAUUAUCAACAUUGGGUGACACAGUUCUUAAAAAGCAAUAAAUAUAUGUUAGAUAUAUUUUGGUUGCAGUUUUGAAAUCAUUGCUAAUGUCACAUUUUUGUUAAAUAUAUGCAUUUUUAUAUCACAAAUGUUUAACUAUUUUCUUAAUAUAUCUUUAAAACAAACACAUAAACAAAUCCCAAUUUCUAGGCCGAGCUCAUUUGCUUUUCCUUUUUGGUUGGUCACAACAGAUCAAGGGUUAGUCAUGUCAAGGUCACAGAUCACCCCUCUUUCCCGAGAAGAGCAGUUUUAAUGUGUCGAGACUCCACUGUCCGUAUAGUUUGUCCAUCCAAUGGGGAACUAAUCACAAGCCUGUUAUUGAAAACUACAGAUGGUUUGGCUGAUGUUGUGUAUGCCAUUGCUGAGGGUAAAGACUUUCAUUAAAGUUGUUCACAGAUGCUGAAUUUUGGUAUGGUCAAAUUAAAAAAAUUUAAUAUAAUUUUUUUUGUAAAAAUCAUUUGACCCUGCCAUUUAAUAGUUUUAUUGCAUCUGGCUUUUUAAUAAGAGAAAUAAUUAACAGAUUCAGCUUUCAGACAUUAAAUCAAAUUGUCUCAACCAUUUUAAAAAAAAUUGCAAAGAAAUAUAACAUUUAUCUGAAUUGAAAGAAUCAGAUUUCUUAAUUCAUUUUUUUUACCUUAUAAAUUGUUUAUUUUACUCUCAGAUACUUUAUUUGUCCUGUUGGUCAAUGGUGAUAUUGUUAAGGCCACAACUGAGCAGAACCCUUGCAAUGUUGUGACCAGAUGGGAAUGCCCAGAUACAGCAGGUACUUGAAGUGCACAUAGCCUAUUUGAGAAAUACUUUUAUGAUUUUUUAAAUAUUUUUGUUGUUUAAACUACAAUCUUUUCUUUACAAGAACUUGUUGGCUUUAGAGAAAACACUUGUAGUAAACCACUUUAAACUACAAGAUUGAAAAAGUUAAAGAGGAAUUUAUAGGGAGAGGUUAGAACUAUUAUUGUCCAUCUGAAUCUGAAUUAAAACCUGAGAUUAAAAAAAAAUAGCAACUCUUCUUACACUAAAUCAUCAUAGAUGUUGAAGAUAUCAAUAUUAACUUUGACAAUGAUUUUCUAUUGGAAUUAUUUACAUCAGCUUAAAUUAUUUUAAAAAUGUAUUUCAUCACAUUUUAUCAAGUUUACCACAAAUCAUUAUUAUAGGGCUACAAUGACGCAAAGAACUACCAUGGCAUGCUAAGCCUCCACUGAUUAAUUUCAUGAUAAUCAUGCUUCAACACUCUGAACACCAUACUUCAACACUCUGAACACCAUACUUCAACACUAAGAACACCAUAUUUCAACACAAUGAACACCAUACUUCAACACUUUGAACUACAUAUUUCAACACCUAGAACACCAUACUUCAACACUUUGAACACCAUUUCUUUUCUUACAACAGAAAAGUUUGCCACUCUUGUGUGUAUUUGUUGUUAUUGUUGCAGAACUGAUAUAAAAGUCAAUCAGCCAACAUUUGAAGUAUUAUUAUUACUAUUAUUAUUUAUCAUUACUAACAUAAUGCCCUUUUUUUUCCUUUGGCAUUAUAGAACUGUGCAGCCACUUGUUGGUUUAUGAAUAUGUUGUUGAUCCAACUGCACCCAGUGAUGUUUGGUCCAAAGCAAGGGAAGCCGUGCAGAAUAACAAACGAGGGGGCAGCACAAAGACUAAUAAAAACAUGACAUUGUUGCUUGGUGGAAGAAAGGAUGGUUCCUUGUGUGUAUUUGAUUGGUUGACUAGGGAUAUCACUUUCAAAAUUGAGGUCAAUAUUUACACCUUAUUACUUAAAGUUAUCAUUUUAAAAGAAAGUGACCUUUUUUAAAUAUAUAUUAGAUCUAGCAGAGAUAGGAAAAUUACAAUUAAUAUUAAUUUUUUAACAAUUUCUCUGCACGUUUAUAAUUUCAUUCUUAUUGUUCAAUACUGGUUAAGACCAGAAACAAGAUCAAGACAUAAUACAAAUAUAGUUAUUUAUAUAUAUUUUAAAAUUUGAAGAAGAAAAAAUGAUCCUAAAUAUAUAUAUAUAUAUAUAUAUAUAUAUAAUAUAUAUAUACACAUACAUAAAAUAAUGAACAUACAGGCUUAACCAUUUUUAGAUGGCUCUAAAUACACAUUAUUUUAUUGUCUUACAUAGAGGCUGCACAAGGAGUAAAAAAAAAAGAAUACCUUUUUUGCUUUGAAAAUGAACAACUUCUUUUGAAAUUAUUAGCUUUUUAAAAUAAAAUAACAAUGACAAAUGCUUAAAAUACAAAUGUUGUAUUUAGGGCCAUGGUCAGAGAGCUGUGCUGGACAUGAUAGCCAAUACAAGGGAAAACCAGCUGAUCACUGCAGGAAUGGGUUUGUAACUUUUUAGUUAGUUCAUUAAUUGUUAGGCCAACGCUCUGGCUGGGUCAAGUAAGAUUCCAAUGAUUCUGUCACCAGGCGUUUGAGAUGGCUUCAGCUUUUUAAAUGUAUGAUUUACUUGAAUUCAUUGAACAUGUUUAAAAUGUUACAGAGCUUAUUUUUCAUGUUGCACAGCUCAGGGCUUUAAAGUAAAAACUUUGAAUGAUCAAUGUAAAGUUUUUUAAAAACAAAAAUAUUUUGGCAGACAACAUCAUAAAAAUCUGGAGGGUGUACCCAUAUGCCGAAGAAGCCUUAACCCCACUGAUGUCAUUUUACUGUGCCCAGACACCGUCUCUCAUGACAACAAUAAACACAAGACUGGGUGUGUCUUUUCAGGACCCAUCCACUGCAACCUUCAGCGUUGUUUUGUACAGCCUCGGUGACAACAGUGAGUCAUCUUCAAAUGGGACUGACUGUUACUUUAUGGGAUAAUUUGUAGGAUAUUGUGAUAGUCUUUUUUCAAUAGCUGACCUGAAAAAAAUAACUCAUUGUCUUUUAGAAGGGGAGCCUAGAGAGAGAAGUGCAAGGGAAGCAAAUGGAGUUGAACAUUAACAUAAUGUUAGAUAAUUUAUUUUUAACUAAUUUAAAAUUGACAUACAACUGAUAAGUUGAAAUCUAAACAAAAUCAAAUAUGAUCCAUAAAAUAUUAUUUGCAUCAUACAAGACAUAAAUACCAAAAGCUGUUAUUAAUAUGUAUUUCCCACUAUAGAAAAAAAAAACAAGAACACAACUCCCAUAAUACCUCCGUAUAACCUCAUUACAUCUAUAAAGUCUAUGAAAAAAACAUUUAGCACUUGUUUAAACUCUUUUGAAAAAAAAUCUUUCCAUGAGCCUAUCUCCCAUGAAAUCACUCUGUGAUGGCCUAAGAAGUUUCAUUUCAUGAGCUAAGGCUACUCAUAGAUUUUUUUAGUUUUAAAAGAUCAAAAGUGCUGAGGGCUCUUGUAAUAUGUUUUAUGCUGAACCUUUAAAAAAAUAGACCAAUACCAAUACAUCAGGUACAUUGCAACUAUAAAUAAGGUGGCUUAAAUAAACAGUCAUAUCAUUUUGUUUGAUUGUAUUAAUUCACACUCUGUCCUUAAACUAAACCCUCGAUAUGCUGCCAUCUGUUAUCAUUUUCACAGUUAUUUCAGAAAUAAAGAACUUCUUGCCUCUUGCUUAUUUCUUCAGGUCGAAGUGACCAUAAGCCCGAUGAUGACCACAUGGAUGUUAUAACUGGCUUUACAUCAUGUCCACGCAUGAAGAUUUAUGCCUCAUGCUCCAUGGAUGGGACGAUCCGCGUUUGGAGUGAAAGUAACACUCUAAUAAGGUAUUGUUCAAUGUUUGGACACAAAUUCUAUCCACAUAAGCUUUUUAAAAUCUGGCCCGUGUCAAUGUUAAAUUACUCUUUAAGGUUGUGGGAAGUGAUUAAAAGAGUUUUCUAUGUUUUAAUAUUAUUUCCCCCGUGUAAUGUUUCAACUUUUGCUGUAAACAUAUGAGCUAUGAACUAUAACUAAUAUGCUAUAAUGCUAGUUAUUUAAAUGGAGAUAUAUUUUUUUUUUCUGUGGACUUGAUAAAUUGAUUUUUGGAAACUGCUCUCUGAUUGAGGGAAUAUGAAUUUCAUGUAAUAAUUUUUUCCCAAAUGUUUUAUUGUAUUAUUUACGGUUAUAUUCUUGUAUAUUUUUUUGUCAGGGUAUUGCGAAUCAACACCAUCCCACACAGCAUCUCAUUUUGCAGCCCUAAGGGCGACCUUCUCAUUGGUGUCAACAACCAUCUCUUCUUCAUUUCACAUCAAAGGUGUAAGUUUCUGUACUGACAUUUCAAGGACAUGGAUGAACUGGUUUGCUUAUCUUCUGCUAUAUUUAUAAAAAAGACACCAAAAAAACUGUAAUUUAUUUAAUACUUUAGAAGUUGUAAAGUUUUUGUCUGCCAUUUUCUUUUCUUCUUCCUUUUUAUUUACAUUCUGUAAAAAAGCUGAAAAUGUCUUUUGAAAUCAGACCUCCCCAAGUCUUACCUGAGAAAACAAGUCUGUAUGAAGUUUUUGCCUAUCAAGUGUGAAGCUGCCAUCCCCUAUGAUGAGAAAAGACUUGGCAGCAUGGACAAGAAUGAUGUGAAAAGACUAAAAAUGGCCCAUGCCUCCUUCAAGUCAGUGUUUUAAGAAUUUAAUUUUUUUUUUAAACAUUUUUUGUUAAAAAAUGAAUCACAUAUUUUUUCAUUUUUGAUAUGACAAAGUGAGAGUUUGUUUUAACACUAUUUCUCUUCCCCAAUGAAGGUAUUUGUUUCCGAUUUCGAAAAAAAUAAUUUUUUUAAUAAACCCGUUCCUAGUUUGAACUUUUUUUUGUCUCACCACUUUUCUAACAGGUUCUCAAAUUUUGUGGACGUCUUAUCCCCUGAGGAAGAGGCAGCCAUCUUGCAAGAGAAAAUCAUUAGAGAAAAGGUUAAUAGAAAUGUUGAUGUUAAUCUACUACAUUCUAUUUAGUAACCUAGUAACAGAGGAGGAUGGUGUCAAAAAAGCAAAGCUCCUGCUUGAACUUCAAGAAAAGCUAAUUGAUUUUUCUUUGAACUACCCAUACAACUGAUUACAUUUAUUUAGGCCCUGUUAGCUUUUAAACUACUGUUAUGAAUGCUACUAUAACAUCAUGCUAAUACUCAGCACUGUACUUAAUGGUCAGGACGCACCAUCAUGCUAGUGCUCAGCACUGCCCUUAAUGGUGAAGGGAUUGUUUUAACCACAAGAAAAUUCCUUUUUCUAAGUACUGGUGCUACAUUGGAAAAACAACAAAAAAAUAGUUUGUGCAUCAUCAUCAUAUCGAUUCCCUGAUCAACAAGCCACUGUGCUAUUUUUAAUGUUAGCAUUCAUAAUAUCAUAGAUAAUGAAAGUUCAAUGACCUACAUAAUAUAAUGCAGAGGUUGUGUGAUUGUGUCAGGGUCAAAGUGCACAUUUUUGUUUAUGGUGAAAGUGCACAUUUUUGUUGGAUCAAAGGGCACAUAUCUGUUUCACAGGCAUUUGGGCUGCUGGAGAUUCGAGACAAUGAGCUGCACCAGAUUAGAGACGGCGCUCUCAUCACACACGAUAAGCCCAAGAUAAGCAAGCAGACAAAGAAGAAAGCUUUCAAGGAGUACAUGAAGAUGUACUACAAUGUAGAAAGAAUAAAGGUACAUUUUAAAAAAGUUGCAUGGGACAUUUGGGGGCAUAGUUAAAUGAGUGGGGGGCAAAAACAUUUCAUUUGAAUCCAAGCCGGUGAGAAGAAUAAACUAUAGUUGUGAGUUUCAAAGAUUACUCAAAAUGACAUAAAUUCAUCUUUAUGUUACACAUGUCAUGAAUGAUUUUCAGCCUCUAUGUUUGGAAAAAUAAUGUAUGAUUUUAUUUAGAUUUCCUUAUAACAAGAUAGUUCUUUCCCCUUCCUGUUUAGCUACCGGUGGUAGAGAGCACCAAGGAAGCUGUUAAGAGAAAACUUAAUCAAGAGCUGCAAGCUUUGGAAGGAGUGGAAGAAAAAGGUGAAUACCCAGUUUAGGAAAAAAAAAACUUUAAAAAAAAAAAAUUUAAUUAAAAAAAGAAAGAAAUUAUAGCUAAUCUUACUGACGUCAAUUUCUGUUCAUGCAUAGACCACUGAGAUUCUGAUGGUUUGAAUAGAGUUCCGCUAAACAGUAGAACAGAUUAAAUAAAAGAAACUCAAAAUGUUAGCCAAUUUCUUUUACUCUCAGUGCUUUGACAUCACAUCUAGAUUUAUUCUGUGCAUCUCCAAUGUGUUUCAAUUAUACUGUUUAUUGUCACCUAAGAAGAGAAAUACAGGCCAGAGACUCCACCCCUGGGAUUCUUUGCUGAGCUGGGUCAGAAGGAGAACCUGCCACCAGACCACGCCUGCUUCCCAGCAUCAAUAACAUCGGGCUACCUCCCAAACUCUGUCCUGAUCAAACUGCUCUACCCUCCACCAAAGCCGGAGGAGGAGGACAAAGAGAAAGUCCCCUACAAGCCUCCAAAAUUAACAAGAAAACAGCUGUCUGAGAUACAGAGCCUCUACCCUGUAAGUGUUGUCGUCGGACCCUUUAUGGAUCUUGGUUACACCUAAGAAUGUGAAAGUGUAUAUAAUUUACACAUAAUGCCAUCACAGGAGUAACAUUUACAUAAUAUAAUGGUGUCUAAAUAUUCAAAAAUUUCUCUUAAAUUUACAAAGGGAAUUAUUCCUCAGCUUCUAGAAUUGUUAAAAUGUUUCUUAAACUUAUUAAAAAGAAGCAUACAUAUAAUAUGCUGAGCUUGAAAUAUUUUUUAACUACAGUUAUUUCCCACACAAAGAGAGCAGCAGUUAUCAACUGCUCAGUGAUUCUCAAGUUACUCACCGGUAGUUCAGUUUUUAACUGGGCUGUGUGAGUUUCUUAAAAAACAAUGAAAUACCCAUAAAACGAAUUACAGCUGCCUGCAGUAUAUAAGUUGUAGUUAACCAGCGGAAGACGCUCUCGGUAGGUUAACAAUAUGACUCACUCUGUGAGAAGAGGCUGGGGACCCUUGGAUUAAACCAUUGCCUUUAUGAGGUUCUGGCUUUGAGGCUCAUUAAAGAUCUAACCUACUGGCACUAUUCAACAGAGAAAGGUCAUUGAGGUUGACCCAGAUGAAAUAGAUGAUGGUCCAAGCCGAGGGGUGACCUUUGAGACGGAUGAACAUUUGACCCGUGUUUUGGAGGUUGAACUGACGGAUGAAGAAGAAGAGAAAGAACCAACAGGUUGGGUUCAUUGUUAGUGUUGGCACAACAGGUUGGGUUCAUUGUUAGUGUUUGUACAGCAGGUUGGGUUCAUUGUUAGUGUUGGUAAAACAGUUUUGGAUCAUUGUUAGUGUUGGCACAACAGUUUUGGAUCAUUGUUAGUGUUGGUACAACAGUUUUGGUUCAUUGUUAUUGUUGGUAAAACAGUUGGGUUCAUUGUUAGUGUUGGUACAACAGGUUGGGUUCAUUGUUAGUGUUGGUACAACGGUUUGGGUUUGUUGUUAGUGUUGGUACAACAGUUUGGGUUCAUUGUUAUUGUUGGCACAAGAAUUUGGAUUCAUUGUUGGUGUUGGCUGAAUUGUUCUUAUGUGUGUUCUAAUUAGAGCUGCAGUCAAUGAAAAUAUAUAAUAUGUCAACAAUAUUGAUUUACUUGUGUGACUUUCUUGAAGCAAAUCAAAUAGUCAUGUAGUGUUAGAAUAUUUUAUUUUAUAGCAGAAAUAUUUACAUUCAAGAAACAUUUAUCAAUACUAUGAGUGGCCCUUAAAUCUAUAAGUUAACACUUCUUUAGACAGUUUAAUUGUGUUAGGCAGAUGUGCUUUGUAUAAAUUCUGUCAUCUAGUUAAACAUGUUAAUAUAUAAAGUAGUAAGUACAUUUUUGGUCUAGGUUGGCACAUAUGAUCUCUUCAGUUCAUUUAUUUUAAAACAUAUAAGAUUUCUUUAAAAUUAUCAAGAUAUGAGAUAGAAAGCAGUAUGCUUUUUUUCUGCUUUAUUAUUUUUAAUAUUUAUUUUUUUUACCAAGAAUAAAUUAUGCCCAAACAUUUGUUUAUAUUAUUGAAAUUGUGCUACAGAUCUCAUGGUCUCUGAGACUUCUUCAGUGAAGAUACCUCCCAAAACAGUAUCAAAUUUAUCGGAUGCCUCUGGUAUGCCAGUUUCUCUCUUUUAAUGCUUGUGUUGUGUUUUGUAAAACUCAAAAAAAUGGUGGUGCGGCUUUAGGAAGUUUCUAAUAUAAUUCCAAUUGACCUGAUCAACAAUCUUCAAACAUGUCUUGCAUCAUUUUAUGGACAUACUUUACAACAACCAUUUUUCUGACAGGUUUUAUUUAUUUAUUUAUUUUUUGGCUUCCAAGUUUCCCAAGCAGGGACACCUUUGCAACAAAAGAUGCGUCAGUUAAGACAGAAAAAAUCCAUAAAGUUUUCUAAAGAUGUUGUUGAUUCCAGUGAUGAUGAGGAUGGACCAGGCCAACCUGAGAAAUCUUCACUCAUGUCCAAAUUUCAGGAGAUCAUGGCUAAGCCAGCCCCAGAAAAGGUUUCAGCUUUUCUUCUGUUUAACUUCAUGGGGGUUAAUCUUACACUGAACAAAAACAUACAGCUUCUUUUAUUUACCGCAGCUUAGCAAUGAGGUGGGAUCUGGAAAUGACGUUGAUUGUUUUAAGUGUUAGUUUCAUGGUUGCAAUCGUGCUCAGGCUAUAAUGGAAUUCUGUAGGACAAGCCCAGAGUUGGAAUGUAUUCUGAAAAAAAAAGUUUAAAAAUGUAUGAAUAUUUUUAUUUUAUUUGACCUCAUUUCAGGAAAUUGUAAACAAAGCCAGUGAAACGCCAAGGGUAAGUCCAAACUAUUUUGAUUUUUCAACAAUUAGGUUUUUUUUGGUUUAAAUGCUUUGUCUUUUAAGCCCCUCAUACAUAACUGUAUUAACCUCAAUAUAUAUGUAUCCAAUAAAAGAAUGUUUCAUUUUAUUUGAUUUUCCCUGAUUCAGGAUGUGAGAACACCUCCGGUCAAGGUCGCAACACCUCCCGCCGAGCCAGUGAAACGUCCACCGCCAUCACCGGUCAAGCCCAUCAACAAGUUUGUCAGCCGGCCUCACCCCACCCCUGUUGCCACUCGGUCACCGACACCACCACCCCCACCUAUUCCAUUACCCAGCUUCAUAAGACAGUUCGUUGGAGCCGACUGGUUUGACAAGUAUUUCCCCAACUGUACGGAAAAUGUGAGAACCUUUGUGUCAGCUCGUAGAUAAGCUAUUUAUAAUGUCUAAUAACAAAACAAAUUUUGAAAACAAAUUAAUUAUGGGAAAAUAAACAUUCAAAAAGAGAUACGUUCAUUCACUCAUAACUAAUUGCAUACACAUUAAAAUUUAUACACUUUUAUUAUAUUUGCACUCUGUAAGGUCAGAAUCUGAGUUGUAUCUUUUUUUUAGAAUUAUGCUGAAAUAUUUUUUGCUGUUAUUUUUUAUGAAUGUUCUGAAUCACUGGAUUGAACAAAUUCAUUGUGUGCCUAAAGUAACGGUAUGGAAACCCCCACACUUUGAACAUGUGUAUGCAUUUGUCAAUGGCUUAUAGCUCCAGCCACCACAUGUUUUCAGUCAUGAAGUUGGGCAUUUGCGGUUGCAUGUGGGUCUCUUAACCGAAGAAAAAUAAUAAAUAGUUGACCGUGCCUUCAUGAAAAAUGGUCUCAAAUUUACACCAGGAUUUAAGACUAUUAAAAGUUCUAAGUCCUAAGAACUAAAUCUCUCAUGCCAAAAAAUAAAUGAUCAUUUGUUCUCAACAAGAACUAAAUCUCUCAUGCCAAAAAAUAAAUGAUCAUUUGUUCUCAACAAGAUGUUUUAAGAGCAAUCAAACUGUAACUUUAGUUUGGCCUUUAAAAAAAUUAGCUAAUUGUUGAUGGCCUUAAAAAAAUUAUUGACCUGAGCCAAUCUUGAUCUCAAGUAAUCUUCAGUUACCAUUCUGCAUACAAAUUUUCAUUGGCUUAUAAAUCCCCUGAUAUAAUUAAUUACCUUGAUUUCUAUAAUGCAGACUAUGCCCAAGCCAUGGACAGGAGAUGUUUUUGUCAACAUGAUUGUCAAAUUACUCCGCAUCGCUGAAUGGCUCCACAAAGUGUCUGUGACCGAGGCCAUACUGGCCAUCCACUCGUCUGAAGGCUUGAGUGACUCUGUCCUCCAGAACGUGGUCAAGACUUUGCUGUCCAUGUUGAACCAUUACUCCAGCCCCCCGAGCUGUUCUGUCCCAGAACAGAAGGAGUUCAUUCUUUCAGCCGUGAGAGCCCUCGCAGCAUUCGCUGUUCGUGAUAAGGAUGUCGUGGCUGAAUUGAUUGUGCAAUUUCUGGAUGGAGACGCACUAGUCAGGUGAGGACGCCAUCGUUGAAGUUAAUGUUCAUAUAAAGUAGAUUAAUAAACUUCAGUUUUAUUUAAGAAAAUUUCCGCUGUUCCUAAUGUUUGGAAGCAUGAUCUAAGAUUAAAAUUGAAGGGUAUUGUUAAGAGUUUCUGAUCAUCCACAUUUUCUGAAGCAUGACAGAAGAAUGCAAAUGAAAAGUAAAUGUAAAACUUGUUAUGACUUCCCAAUUAUUGGAAGUUUGACUAACAGGAAAAAAACAACUGUAUGGUGAUUUUAUCUGUUCUCUUUAUGCAUUUCAGGUCAGCUGUCCUGGAGGUCAUGAAUAACCUGGGACUGGUUGAUCCUCACAGGCAACUCCAGAAAGAGCUCGACUCGUGGGAUAUUUGGAGCUUGGAGGAAAAAACACACAGAGAAGAGUUACAUCAGAUGGCCAAUCAGUGGCUGGACAGGUGAGGGUUGGUCUUAGGCUGGUAACAGUAAAUAGAGUUUAAAUAAAGAUUUUUUGAGUAAAGUUGACAUCAUAGACUGCUGUCAGUUAUUUGAUUAGGUUUAUUGCCCAUUAUUUCUGUUCAUCAAGUCUCAUUGAUAAACCCAGGCCAAGGCCAAAUUACCUGCUGUUAUGAUGUAUGCAGAGCCACUUUGACACAUGAAUCAUGGAACAUACAAUACUGCUGUAAUAUAUUGUACCAAACUCAGUGUGGGGAGGGGGAACCUGAAAUAAAAUGUCUUUAACCAAUGUUUUAAAUUUCCUGUAUAAUUAUAUACCCAGGCUGAAUGCAGUCUUCUUUUUAAUAUAAUGCAGUAUACCAGAUGAAAAGUUGUAAAAAAAAAAUAUUUUUUUUUUUAAAUAAUAAUUUCAAAAGUUAAUUUAAUUUUUUUUAAACCUUUAAUAGUCUGCACAGUUAGUAGUUCUUUGAAAGAACAAUUAUUUAUGACAACUGUCAUCAUUUCUUUGACAGACACAAUUAUUAUUAAGAAACCAGCCAUUUGUUCUGUUUACUUUUUCAGUCACCAUGGGGCUCAACUCUGUUCAGGUGUUUAUCUUGAGAUCAAUUUUUUUCUACUGUAUGUUCUACUGGGUGUUUGACUUUUUGUUCUUUUGUGUGUUCUAUUGUAUGUUUUACUGUGUGUUCUAUUGUGUGUUCUGUGAUGUGUUCCAUUUAUGUGAAACAUUAAUUCUGAUGCUUUCUCUGUCAAUGUUUAACGUACUUUAUUUUCUUGUUCACGCCUUAUACUGUUUCUUUCCAGCAGCAAAUAUAUAUUUGCAUUCAGUGUCAGCUUUGUAAUCAUUUUUCAAGCCGGUGCAAAAUGUCUGAGGUGUGCUGACUUAAAACAUUACUUUAUUUAUACAUUUUUUGGGGGCUUUUGGCACCACCUUCAAAAUUGUGGCCAGUUUGUUCACACCCUUUCUCCGUCCUCAUGCAGCCAUUGUUCACAGCUUUUAAAAAAUGUAUCUUGCCUUUUCCAAAUUUCACAAUUCUAUCUGGUUUUUAAAUAUCUUCUUUUUAUAGAAUUUUUUGUGUGUAAAAACAUGUUCACAUUUUUCGGGGUUUUCUAUGUGUCAUAGUGUGUCAUAGUGCGUCAUAGUGUCUCAUAUUCAUGUUUUGUCAUUUUGAAAAUUAUAUUUAGAUCUCUGGGCAAACCCGGCCACGUGGUGUAAAAUACGUAAAGAUGUACAAAAUCUAUUUUUUAAAAAUGCGCUUUUUCAAGGAGGCACCAAAAGCACAGAAAAGAACACAUUCGUUGCACAGAAAAGAACACAUUCGUUACAACACAGUACUUUGUGCCAACUUGUCGUUACUCUACUAAUGGUGGAUGUAUGGAGCGCCCUCGGGAAUCCUCCCCCCCCCACCCCAGGGUAUCGCAAAUAGUACAUUGUCAACUAAAGGAUACAUGAUCAUAUUUUAAAAAAAAAAAAAAAAUAAUUUUUCAUUUUGUUCUGCGAAGGCUUUUAGUUAAGGGAGAGGUGGAGGUAUGGGGCGCCCGCGGGAAUCCUCCCCCCCCCACCCCAGGGUAUCGCAAAUAGUAAAUUGUCAACUAAAGGAUACAUGAUCAUAUUUUAAAAAAAAAAAAAAAAUAAUUUUUCAUUUUGUUCUGCGAAGGCUUUUAGUUAAGGGAGUUAAGCCUUAAAAACUAUUUUAAAGGUGUUAAACAGUAUUACCUUUCUUGAAUUGGGAUGACAAUGUCCACUCGGGAUUAUUCUAUUAAAUUUUCACACACACACACACACACACUCUUAUGGCUCAUAAAUCAAUCAAUGUUCAAAUAUAUGUGUCAAUCAAAAACCCUUCUCAGCGUUUUUGUCUCUUCAUAUACAUUCACAUUUUUAUGAUUGGCUGUCCCUGUCUCUGCUCAGGUGGAUGUCUGCUUAUCAGAUGAGGAUACAGGACACUGUAGCCAAACUCAACACGGGACACAGUUUUCAGGGACGUCUGGGAAAUCCUGGACAAAACUCUAGACGGGUCAGUCAUUCGACACACUUUCUUUACCUGUCAUUGUUAACUGUUUCUUACUGCACGAACCAGGUGCUGAUUUAAAACUGAAAUUUGUUUUCUUAAGUCUUUUUUAAUGAAGGAUUUAAUGUAGCAUAAUUUAAAAAAUAAUUACAUUUAUUAUGUCAAUAUAGGGCACAAUGCAAACUGACGUGAGCGGAGGGCAGCUUAAGGUCCCAGAAUCUUUGAGGACAGGCAGGACAUCAUCCACAUCCAAUGGCAGCAUUACAAGUAGGUCCUUGUGGGGGGGGGGAUACAAAUGUAUCAAUGGGAAACCUCCACCCUACCCUCGAGCGCAAUAAUUAGGGUCGAUAAAAUUGGAAAUGCAGGGUCGCAUCAUAGUGGGGUUUUAGCACCGUGUGGGAAUGAAUUUAUGAAUUUGCACGAGCUGUGCUACAUUGUGUUACAUCCGAAGUCAUGUCAUAUCGGGUUCCACGGUAUAUCAAACAUAUUCCAACCAAGUUAUUAGUCCUUUUUUUUUUUCCUUAUAAAAAGCCUUAUUUUUAACCAUUAUGGGAAAACAUCAUAUGCAACAAUGGAAGGACUUUUAGGUUACACCAUUUCAUCCGUUAACAUUUCAACAUUUUGUAGUUUCAUGCAUCAAGGUCACAAUUUUUUUUUUAUUUCCCAAAAGUCACAUAGCAAACACUCAAAGUGAUUAUUUCAGACAUGCUCUGAAACCUCACAUGCUUGUUUCUUCAAGUUACUCUAGACAGACUUCAAGAGUCCUCCAUCAUGGAGUCGGUGACCUACAUAGAUGCGGUGACCUACUUCUGCGAGAUGAUGCUUGAGAGAGAGCUGGAGGCACUGAAGAGAGGAGAGGUCUUUUCCAGGAAACAAGGGGAGACAACAACGCAGGCUAAAAACACAGUUCUUGUGCUCCCCAAGAUAUCACAGUAAGUGGGGAAAUGUGUUGCAAUAAAGAGUUUCAAUUUAAGCGGAUUGGUUCAGUGUUCUGAUUAUGUAAACAUUGUAUGAGUAAGGACACUUAGAGAGCUUUGCUUGUAUAUGUUCAGACAAAAAUUGUGUUAAGCUAACUCACUGAUUGGAAAGAUCUACUCAGCAAUGUAAGUCUCUCUCUUUCUGGAUGAUCUAUGUAAAUACUCUUCACUUCAAAUCUAAUAUUUUAAAUGAAUUGUUGCCUUUUCAAAGUGAAGCUCAAGGAUUUUGGGGGAUGACACCAUGACAAAUUUUUACUUUAUGAAAAGUAGGGGUACGAAAUUAUUUUAUGUGGAUUUGAAAUAACUUUAACAUUUCCCCCAAUGAUGGUAUUUUUCAGCUCCAGAUGGUCAAACAAAAUCUUUUCAUGCGUCAAAAUAUUAAAUGUGUCAAAAUUUUUUUUUUUAAAUUUUCGAAUUUUAAAGCAAGACAUAUUUCUUUAUGGACUUUGUAUGUCUCCCCCCCAACCCCCUUUAUGUUAUUUCCUUUGAAAAUAUGUAUGUCUAAUAUGGAUGCAUUUGUUUCAUCAGCAAACCUGCUUUGGUCAGACUUGGAGAGAUGCACACCAGCAAAUGUCGUAGAGAGACCAUUUUACACACUGGUAAGUCAAACAGGAUUUUUUUUCCAUCUUUUCUUUCAUUUAUGUGGUGCCAUUGCUAAAAGUUGUGCUCAUUUGAUAUACAAAUACUACAAUGGACUGAUACUAUGUUACAAGUGGCUCGGUCUGUAAGUUUCAAAGAUUAAAUCUUCUGUACUUCCUUGAUGACAUGAACAGAGCACCAGUGUAAAUGACAUUUUCAUCUUUAAAAAUUUGUUUCGCAACUUCUUAUUCAAAUUUUUUCUUCUCCGCCAGAUUUCCGAAUGCCGCCCAUCACACAGGGCAAACAACAAGCCCCGGGUGAUCUUCAUGGGUUCGUCUCUUAUAUUAACCUCCCCUUGAAGCAUGUCCACCUGCAGCCGUUUCUCUCCGCAUGGGAUGAAGAUGAAGAGCUGCUGAGACGACCUGUCCUGAUAACCCUCAGGUCGUCCCAGAAAUAUUUCAUCCCUUCUAUGAGCCAUGUGCGUGUCGAAGACCAGCUGGCCGUCUGAGAGCAUUUACUGCGUUUUGGAGUCAAAAUUGUAAUUAUUUGUUUUUUUCAUUGUAAAACUGAAUGAUGUGUACAGUUGUUGGUAUCACUAAAGAUGUGAUGAAAUUUGUGAAGUUUUUUUUCCAAAGUUAUUCACAGGAAGAUCUGACGGAACAAGACAACAAUGAUGGCUUUGGUUCUUCACCCCAACAUAAGUCAUAAGGUUCAGGAUGAGAUGUUGUUUGUCAUGCAUCAUUUGACAACAUGUGCUGCAUGUCAUAAUGAAUACUGGUUCUCAGGAAAAUUAUUUCUUUCAAAAACUACAGUCAGCUGUUGCAGUGUCAAAGAAAUUUUCAAAAUCAUUUUAAUGUUUAUUCUUUUAUUUUUGUGUGUGUUAAUUAUGCAAAAUGUUGUGUUUUUUUGUUGUUUUUUUAUUAUUAAUCAUCAUAAUUAGGUUAGCCUUAAAGCUGUUCCAGGAAAGACUUGCUGUUCCAGGAAAGACUUUGACUGCUUGAUAAGAUGGAUUCAGUCAGACAAAAUACAUUAAACAUCUUAGUUUUGUUUUACAACUAUUUUGUUUUUAUGCCAGUCAUUCAACUAAAUCAAAACAUUGAAGUUAUUUAACUCAAAAAUUUCAGUAAAUAAUAAAUUAAAAGAGUUUCUUAAUACCCUAAGCAAAAUUCUUAAACCAAAACUCUGGGCAUGCACACCUUAUUAACUGAAUCCCUGGGUUAACUCCGCACCUGGAGAUGUCCCACCCAUCCCCCCAUACAUCAACUGCGGUAGAUAAUUGUGUGCCAGAAUCAGUCUCAUCAGCCACCUGCGCACCCGCAGACUUAAUCAGACCCGCAGACUUAAUCAGACCCAGCACGAUUGCGAUGCUUAAAAGGGUCUUGUUCGAAUGACGAAAUAAAAUAACAUUUACUGAAUCAAUGUUUUUGGAAAUUAAUUGUACUCAAUUUAAAUGUAAAGUUUUGUUUUGGCAAUUAAUUGUACUCAAUUUAAAUGUAAAGUUUUGUCCCUUAGUUCAACGCCAAAGUGUUUUUGUUUAUUUCUGGACCUAAAAAAAAUAAUUCGUUGCCUGUCAUGUUUCCAUAAGUUUUUUUUGUUUUUUUAGUUUAUUUGUGGACAUUUGACAUUCCUGAUAAUUUUUACAGGGGCUUGAAUACUUCUGUCCUGUACAAAAGUGUGAUAUUACAUCCCUUUGUUCGUGUAUCUCUCUGGCUGUGAUAUGUCUGGUAGCUACAAUGUCUUAUGGUGCAUUAUAAUGUAUAUAUUUAUACACAGUACAUAUAAAUUGUUCAUAUUUGUGUGGUUGAAUCUAAUAAAAUCCUAAGCU